GAUCCGAGGGGAAAAAGACUGUUCGCGGAUGUGGGAGAAUUCGAGAUCCCCGCACAACGCAAAUACAAAGCGAUUGUUUCAAAACCAAGUCAGACUCACUCGGAGAAAGACCGAGAGAGCGACCAAGAAAAAUGAGACCCAACAUCGUUUCCGAGGCAGGGCUGCAAACUAGGUUGAGGCAAUGGUGGGAGAGCAUUCCUUUCCUUACUUCAGCGGUGGUCGGCGUGUGCGUGACUAUUUACUUGGUUUGCCUCCUGGUUGGAUAUGAUUCCUUUUACGAAGUGUGCUUUUCGCCCUCUGAUGUUGUAUCCCGAUUCCAAGUCUACAGGAUUUUCACCUCCAUUAUCUUCCAUGGUUCAGUGCUGCAUGUGUUGUUCAACAUGAUGGCAUUAGUUCCUUUGGGUUCUGAGUUGGAGAGAAUCAUGGGAACUGUCCGCUUGUUGUACAUGAUCAUUCUAUUGGCCAUAAGCAAUGUAGUAUUACAUCUUCUGAUUGCGCUUUUGGUAUCCUAUAAUCCUAUUCACCCUUCUCAGUACCUCAUGGAUGAAUGUGCAAUAGGCUUCUCGGGAAUCUUGUUUUCUAUGAUUGUUAUAGAGACAAGUCUGAGUGGACACCAGUCUAGAAGUGUGUUUGGACUCUUCAAUGUACCUGCUAAAUGGUAUGCAUGGAUCUUGCUGGUAGUGUUCCAAGUUGUUAUGCCAAAUGUUUCUUUACUGGGACACCUAUGUGGCAUUUUGUCUGGCUUUGCUUAUACUUACAGCUUAUUAAAUUUCCUCAUUCCGGGAACAUCCUUUUAUUCUAAAAUUGAGGCCUCCUCAUUAUUUUCAAGUUGUGUGAGGCGGCCUAAAUUUAUUGUGUGCACUGGUGGGAAUCCUUCUGCCUUCAUCCCUACAUAUUCAACCCAAGGUACACCCACUAGUGGAUUCUCUGCUGGAAGUAUCUGGAGAAACUUGUCUUCAUGGAUCCCACAGAGGGAAACAUCUGUACAGUCAGCACAAGAUGGUCACAUGUUUCCUGGGAGAGGAAGAACACUUGGAUCUGGUCGAGGUACCAUUUCUGAUGCUGAUUCGGAAUCAAACUUACAGGCUAGACUCUUGGACAAUAGCAACUCAGAACAUCCAUCAGAUGUGGCAGUUAUUGGUACAGGACAGAAUUUAUCUGAUGGAAGGCAGGCAACACUAAAUAAUGCAGCGGCAGAAAUUCCUGUACACCAUCAGGAUUAUGUUGCAUCUGAAGAAGAAAUCCAAAAGCUUGUAUCAAUGGGUUUUGAGAGGACACAGGUAGAAGUUGCCCUAGCAGCUGCAGAUGGUGAUCUUAAUGUGGCAGUGGAGAUUCUGAGCCAACAGGGCUAAAUGCAAGCAAGCAAGCAAGCAAACUAACUCUUUGACUUCCCAAAGAUACGGUAUUGCGUUUAUGUAAAGUUUCAUGUCUGCAUAUUGUAUAUUGUUUGCCGUGAAUAUUUGAUUCGGUGACAAAGGAUUCUGGAUAUGGGAUAUGACUACACACACUAACAUCUUGUUUAAAUGAAAGCACUGAUAUGGUUUACAACA